CACCUUAUCGCUUACUUGACGCGCUCUUGCCACUGUAAUAGCUGGCUUGCUCGAUUGAAAUUUUCAUCUUUAUGUUGCCUUUUGAGUUGUUUUAGAAUUUAUUGGAAAAUAUUAUGAAAAUUAUCUUUUAUUGUGGUCGGAUAUAUAUGAAAAUAUCAAAAUUAAUCGUUGAAUUUGCCUUUUGACUACAAAAAAGACUAAAAAGUGUGUUUUGAUAGGCUCGAAUGGUCACGUGAUCAUAGUUUCUGAAAUGGCGGCUUCCGAAAAUUUUCAACAUGGGAUCUAAAAACAUAGUAUUUGGCCAAGGGAGGCCACAGUGAUCUUACACUCUUAUUCUACUUUCGAUUUGAAAUGCCGUAGCAUCCCUAUAUUGGCUUUAAAAUGUCGACAAGAGGCAGACGAUCAAGGGGUCGCCCUCCAAAAACACCUGUAUCAAUUAAUCGUACAAAUUUUUUGCGAAAACCUAAAGCUUACCAGAAUCUUGAUCAAAAUUCUACCAUAAACGAUUCACCAUCUCCAGUAACACAUUUCAAGUCCUGCAGAUCUGACAGAAUAAGAGGACGUUUGGCAGCAAGCAGGGGUAGGCAAUUUGUUAGUCAGCUUAUUGCUGGAGAGGAUGAUGAUAAUUCAUCCCUUCCAGACUUUGAUGACAGGUCUAGUGAUAUUACAGAUCUUGAUAAUACAGAGGCAUUUGACAAUGAUGCAGAUGCUUCUGAUGCAUCUUUUGAUGCAGAAUUGGAAGCCGAGUCAAGUGAUGAAAGCUACAGUACAGUAAGUAGCUCUGUGGGUAAGAAAAGAAUUAUAUUAAAAAGGCCUAAAACACCUGAUAUAUUAGAUGACAAAGACAUACCUACUCUGGAACUACCUGCAAGUGCUACAGAUUUAUUGUUGCCAACAGAUCAUGUACUACAAGCCAUUGGUGUUUAUGAAGUGCUAAGGCAUUUUAGAAUCAUUCUCAGACUUUCACCAUUUACAUUUGAAGAUUUUUGUGCGUGUCUACUCUCCGAGGAACAGAGUAAUUUAUUAUCCGAAAUUCAUGUGACUUUACUUAGAGCUUUAUUUCGAGAAGAGGAAAGCAGCAACACUACGUUUGGCCCUCAAGAUUUGAAAGAUAGUAUAAAUAUUUCUCUAUUUUUCUUGGACCCAAUGACAUGGCCUGAAAUUGUCCGUGCUUAUUUGGACAGUGAAAAACAUCCAGAAUAUCGUGCUCAUUUGUCUAUUCUUGAGCAACCAGAUUAUCCAUUUGUUCCUUUUGGAGACAAACUAAAAGUCCUUCAGACAUUAACAGAUUUAUUUCUAGCAACUGCCAAGGUUAGAGAGGAAAUCCUAAAUGAGGGGAAUAUUCAUUAUGAUGAUCAUUGCAGAGCGUGCCAUAAGUUGGGUGAUCUUCUUUGUUGUGAGACUUGUUCUGCCGUUUACCAUCUUGCUUGUGUUGAGCCACCCAUGCAGCAAGUUCCUGAAGAUGACUGGCUAUGCAGUGUUUGUAGAGCUCACCAGGUUAAAGGUGUUACAGAUUGUAUCUCGGAGGCAGAAAAAAGUGGACUUCUUUGCAGACAAGAACCUGUUGGAUAUGACAGGCAUGCUAGAAAAUAUUGGUUUUUAUGUCGCAGAAUUAUUGUUGAAAGUGAUAAAGAUGUGCGUUAUUAUAGUACAAAGUACCAGCUAGAAGAGUUGCUAGAAUCUUUGAACCCUGCUUGGGAACAAGAUCUUAUCAACUUGAUCAAUGAAAUGAAAGAUGAUAUUAUCAAACAGAUGGCUUAUACAGAAGAACUUACAAUGGCUGUUAAAGGAAGCAGGAAAUCUGUUAUAGAAUUUGAAAAUGCUCAGUUAAUGAAAAUACAAUCAGAUAGAGCAGCAAAGAAAGAAAAAGAGGCUGAAGAAAAGAAGGCUAAAGAAGAGGAGGAGAGAAAAAAGAAAGAAGCUGAAGCUGAGAAAAAGAAGAAAAAUAAAACUGAAAAUAAAGAUGAGGAUGAUUCUUACAGUCAAGAUGAAGAUCCAGAAAAAUGUUCUGAAGAGGUGGUUGAUUCUGAGGCUGUGGUUACAACAGAAAAGGUCUCAAAUUCCAUUUCUAAGAGCAAAAUUGGGGACACUUCACUGACCUGCGUGGUUGAGACCAUUACAACAACUACCACUGUUACCACUAUCAAAUCAACAACCACCACAACUAUUUCUGAAAGUAACCAAGAGAAAUCUGAUGAACCGCCUUUGAAGAAAUCAAAAAUAUCUUCCUUACCUAUUGGUGGGGACAAUUUGGACAAAACCAAGGAGGACAAUAAAAUAGACGUCAGCAAUAAUGCUGAGGCCUUGAAGCAGAACAGUGAUGGCAAGCCCAAAGUCAUCAACUUGCAGUCUCUGUUGCCUGCUGCGCGGCAAACAUUGCUGAAUGCAAUGGAUAAAAAUGGAGAUGACAAGUCAGACAGUGCUACCAAAACUGUACUUUUGGUAAACAGAGAAGGUGGGAAAGUAACUCUUCAGGUCCAGAGACAACCUGUUAAAAAAGAUGAUCAAACUAGCAGUAUUACUCAGACUACAACCACAACUUCAGUCAAUGCAUCAGAAACAAGAAAGAUGCUGACAAGAUCAAAAACUGGAUCACUGACACCCAAGCUAUUUACAGACUCAAUCACCAUGACAACUACCUCAAUGAAAACCACUGGGAAAAGCACUGAGGAAGUUGUAGUGGUUAACAAAGAUGGUGAAGUGACAAAAAUGAGUAGAGGGAAGAUUUCAGUGACAUCAAGCCUUGCUCAACAAUCACUUUAUUUUAAACUUGGUGCAGAAGGAUCUUACAAACAGUACCAGAACCAGUAUACCACCAACACAUUGGCUUUAAAUAAACAUCAGCAUAAUGAAGAGAGGGACAAAAAGAGGCAUCUGAGUCACAAGUUCUCACUAACCCAGAACUCUGAGUUUAAGUGGAAUGGAAAUAUUAUGGGCAAUAGAAUGAGCUGCCUUUCCACUCUUCGUCUUUCCAUCACUCAGCUGGAAGGAAAUAUUCAGGCACCUUUUUUGCAUAUGAACUGGCCCAAUCACAGACAGAACUGGCAGAAAGCGGUACAGAUGUGUCAAAAUCCACGAGAAUUUGCUCUAGCUUUAUCAAUUCUUGAAGCCUGUAUAAAACCAUGUGUAAUGAAUGCUGUGUGGCAUGAGUCAUUAGGACAUUUGCAUUUGAAUAGAAUAACACUCUCAGACAGGGAGGAGUGGAAGAAGAAGGAAAAAGAACAGAGAAAGCGUAAAGAGGAUGAAGAGGAAGUGAGGCCAGUUAUCUGGAUCAAAUAUACCAUGGGCUUAAAACAUCAGGUAUGGAAGCAGAAAGGUGAAGAGUAUCGUGUCACAGGAGGAAAUGGCUGGCAGUGGAUAAGUGCCACCAGGAACUUUAGCAAGGCAGUACCGCAAGACUCUGUUGGGCUCAGGAUGGUUGCUAACAGACUGCGAGCGCGUCGUCUCAAGGCUGCAAAGACUAGCGGCAAAUUGCAAAGAAUGGAGGAAAUGGGUGAGGAUAUCCCAGCUGAUGGAACAGUUGAGAAGUCUGAGGAUAUCAAAGAAGAAAAAAUGGAUAUUGAUGAAACUGAAACCAAGCCAGUGCUAGAAGGGAAAAAGAAGGUGAAAGAUUCGGAUAUUAAAGAGGAGAAAAUGGAUGUUGAUGAAAGUGAUUCUAAAGGGAAGGUCAAAGGUCAUGUAACAAAGUCACUUAAAGGUCAGCUUGCAUUUGAAACCUUCAGAAAUUAUGUUCAGAGCAAGUAUAAAGAUGAUCCUGAAGCUGCAUUUACUCUAGAAAUUUUGAAGCAGCACCCAGAAAAGGUAGAUGAAGAUGUAAUUAACGUAAGUGAUGCUUUGCAUAAAAGAAGCUAUUACCCUAAAGUGAGCAAACCUUACUCCAAGCUGGAUAAUCUCCUGGAGAGAAGACUGAAACAAGAUGAGCUGGAGAGGAAGCAGCGUUUUACUAUUGAGACCCAGAUAGCAUUAAAACUGAAACUGACUCAAGCAAUUGAAAUAGCAAGAAAAAAUAAAGCAGAAAAAGAACAGAAAGAGAAGGAAGAACAGCAGAAGGCUGCUAAAUUAACUAAUGGGGAUCUAAACGAGAAUUCAAAAUCACCACCUCUUCCAUACACUUGUUAUUCCAUAUUGUGUAGGUUAGGUAGUACAGGAGGUUCAGUCAACACAUGCUACUCCCUAUGUUGUAGACUUCACAGUCGGAAAGAUGAAACUUCUUCAUUAGUUCAGAAAGAUGAGACAUUAUCUUUAGCCACUGACAAGCCGGAGUCUCAGUCCAAUGGCUCAGAAUCUGCUGAACAUAGUACUAGGAGCAGCAAGGAAAGCUCUCCAUCCAACCUAAUAUCAGAAGACACAAUGGACUCCAAGACCAGUCAGGAGAGCAGUGAGAAAGAGAGUGAACAAAAUGGUACCAAUGAAGAAGCUGAGGAGGACAGUGAAACUGGUGGGCUGAACAAGGAAAAUGAACAAGAUUUGAGUGCAGCUGCCACUGUUCCAGCUGACACAAGCAUGGAAGAUGAGGAGAUAGACAUUGAAGGAGAUAAAGAAGCUGCCUCAAAUACCGCAGCUAAACUUUCAGCAGGGGUAGCCACACAGGUUGAACAUCCUGAGAAAAAAACAACUGUAGAAGCAGGAACAUCAACGGAAACUAAAACAGAAUCUAAAGCUGCUUCUGUAUCUGAUAUAGUGAAAAACUUGGUCAUCAAAACAAUGGCAGAAAAAGCUGUAGCUUCAAGUGGGGCCAAAGGUUCCUUAUUAACAGGGCAAGUAUUGACCAAUGCUUUAGCAAAUGUAAGCCUGGAGGAAUUAAAAUCUAAACUACCCCCUAAGCGAACUACUUCUGAUAAAAUUCACCUAGCCAAGUUGUCCAGAAUAGGUGUUAAAAAAGUGUCACGCAUAACUAAAAAUGGACGUCUGCCUAUGUGUCACAAAUAUGAAACGCAUUCAAAGAAGAAAAGUAUUUUCAUUCUUGACAGAAAUGAAUUAAGAAAAAUGGCUCGACAGGGUGCAAAGAGAGAAAGUGCUUUUUUCAAUUACAACUGUAAGAUGAACAAUGUUUGUUGGAAUUAUCCUUGUCCUAGACCUUAUUUUAAAACUGCUUGGCGCUACCGCACUAUGACACUUCAGUCUUUAUCUGCUGCUGCAUUACAGCUGAAAAUUUUGUGGGCAUGCAUAAAAUGGGAUGACAUGGCCACCAAACCACCUGCUGGAGGUACCAACACAAUCUCAACUGAAACUGAAAUUACAACCACUGAGCUGCUGAAGAGAAGGGAAGUUGGUAUUGAUGGCUUGAGGUCUGAAUUUCUUGUGAGAAAAAUUGUAGUCCCCCUAGGGGUUCCUGAUAAACCUAAAGAAAAAUAUACACCUCAGAGAAGUGGUUUGCGUGAGCGUAAGAAAGUUGAAACUGUGAGGCAAACUGAGCCAAGUGUUACAGAAGUUUGGGUUCCUGAAGAAGUCUUAGAAUUAUGGGAAAUCAAGCAGUUUGGAGAAAAGUUGGAGAAGCAACGUCAAGCACUUCUCGACAGAGCUGACAAGUCUGCUAACCCGUUAACAACAGUAUCAGCUUCUCAGAACACUGCUCAAAUUAAAGCUCAGAUGGAGCAGCAGUUAAAGCAGCAGCGACUGGCAUUAGCACAAAAACGUAUUCAAGAAAACCAGGGCAUCAAAAUAGGAACCUCUCCAUCCAACAUCACAACCUUGGCAGCAUCCAGCACCACAACUAUCAUCAUCAACAAUGCAACCCAGUUAGGCAAGCCAGGAACAACCUUCAAAACAUUGACUGUCUCCUCCCCUACCAGUCUGCUGCCUGGUGGUAUUAUUAAAACAAUGCAGCAACCAAAGACUAUUAUUGCAACCAAUGCAGGGUCUCUACUGGGUACUCAGCUCCGGCCUGGUAUACAACUUCAGCUACCUGGGUCAACCAUCCAGGUCAGGUCUCCAGGUGUUCCUUUGGCUCCCAAGGCAGGCAUCACAGUAGGUGGUUCAUCUGUAAACACUGUGACAAGACUAGUAUCUCCGGGCACCAUCACUACUAGAGUAGGAACACCAGCUGCCCCACCUGGAACUAAAACACAAACUAUACAGAUCAGGCCCCAGACUGCAGGUCAACCUGUUCAAAACUUACAUUUCACCCAAACACCUGGUGGACAACUUCAAGUUAGAGGACUUUUACCUGGUCAGAUUAUUCAACGUAUGCCAGACGGUAAACUACAGAUAAUAACUCUAAGUACAUCAUCUAGUUCUGCCACAACAACUCAGUCUCAGCCAGCAGCAGCUCAACAAGCACAGACACCUCGUCCAGCAAUAAGCAUUCGACCCCAGGCAGUUGUAGUUAGCACCCCAGGUGCUGUAACAGUUAGCACUACUCCAACUGUCACUCCAAAUCGCCUAGUUAUUCCAGCCCAACUAGCCUCAAAUUUGUCUCUUGGUCAGACCCCAACAUCCUUAACAGCUCCUGCCAUUCGGCAAGUGCUAACCAGUUCAUCUGCUGUUACUCCCUCAAAAACUGUUAUCAUCAACAGACCAGGAGGCCCUCAUAUAAUAUCAGCUCAAAACUUAGCCUCAUUGAGCUCAGUAGGCACAAUUGUAUCGCCACCAACUGUCUCCACUGCUUUAAGUAGUGCUGUUGUCAUCAGUGCACCAGGAGUUGUAAAUGCAUCUGCUACUUCAAAUGUUAUCACAUCCCAGUUGUCUGGUGUGACCACAGUGUUGGUGAACAAUUCACAGACUCCCACUCUGCUGUCCAGUCUCACUGCCCCUGCAGCUGGACCACAAACUAUCAUCUCCACAUUAAAACCAGCCACUUCCACUGCCACUGUAGUUGCUACUGGUGCAAGCACAUCUCUUCUAGGUGGCCAGAUCCUACAGGCAACCUCCUUGCUUCAAAGGGCUGCUGGGAGCACUUCCCUUCUCAACAUUGCCCCUGUUUCAGGCACAGCCAUCUCUAGCUCUGUGACCACUAGUCAGAUUCCAAAACUGUUGACUUCACCAACAGCAGGCACUCAAGUUGUUGCCAAAACAUUGGGAAGCACUGGAUCUCAACUGAUCAUCAGACCAGGAGCAACUUUCACCACAGCUGCUGGUCAGGCUAAGGUCAUCACAGCUCAGCAGUUGCGUGGACUUGUUACCUCCCCUAUUCAGAUAAAAGCUGCUGCAGGUUCCUUGAGCCCAAUCAAAACUGUAAUAUCUCCACAGUCUGGUAACAUUGUUAUACCUGCAGGUGCUGCCACAAAGGCUCUUACAGCUGUGAGGUCGUUAACACCCCAGCUUACUCUUCAGACAAGUGGUUUGCAGAAUGCCAGCACCCCUAAGCAGGUAGUGACCACAACUACAUCCUUGCUGUCACAGGGUCUUAGUUUGAGUACAUCACCAGACAGUGCUUCUGUGACUAGUCCAACACCUGGUACAAGUCCAGGGGCUGGAGGAGGUGUUCCCAAAUAUGAAAUUACUCCACAAGUUGUAGAGCAAGUUCUGCGUCAAGCUUUACUACAGAAUCAAGCCCCGGAGAUUCAACAGAAAUUGCUUGCAAUGCAAAAGCAGAUCCAGCAGCAACAUCAGUCCCAGCCUUCGUCACUGUCAGCUUCAUCAUCAUCUGGCAGCUCAGCACGUCGUGGUUCACAAAGCAAUACACCAACAAUACCAAAACUCAGUUCUACAGGCGGAGAGCAAUCUAGAUCAAAGACAAAGGGCAUGACAUCAGAACAGAAAGAGGAACAAAUAAGAAAUUCAAUUUGUGCCCAAGUCAUGAAGAAUAUCUUGGACAGAAUUGAGCGUGAAGAGAAGCAAGAACAGAGAAACAAGAAGAAGCAAGAGUCUGCCGAAGAAAAACAGAAGAGAAUUGCAGUCAUGAACCAGCAGAAGGCCCUUAGCAAGCAUAAAGAAAUACUGAAAAAAGAAAUUCUCAGGAAAAGAUCAUUAAUGGAGAAAAAUUUACAGCAGGAAAUUUAUAAUGAGAUGGCAGACAAAGUGAAGAAACCUGGCAAAACCAGCACUAAUACAUCCAAGUCUCCUCAAGCUGGCUCUCUUACUGUUGUCUCACAACAAGCCCCCACAGUCUCAGCAUCUCUAGUUAUAUCACCUCCAUCUGGUGCUGCAGCAAUCAAGAAGAAAGACACUUUGAAGACUCUGAUACCAGUCACAGAUCCCAAGUCUGCAGCAGCUCAAAAACGAAAACACAAAAUAAUUUCUACUGGUGGUAAAGGUUUAAAUCCUAAAGAAAAACUUUAUUGUGUUUGCAAGACCCCCUAUGAUGAAAGCAAGUUCUACAUUGGCUGUGACUUGUGUUCCAAUUGGUUUCAUGGAGCAUGUGUCAACAUAAGCGAGGACAGAGCUAAAUUUAUUGACUCCUAUGUCUGUGAAGACUGUCGCAAACAACAGGAGCAUAUUUCAGAAGAGCUUUAUUGCUUAUGUCAAACACCUUAUGAUGAAAAUCAGUUUUACAUUGGAUGUGACCGCUGCCAGGACUGGUUCCAUGGCGACUGUGUUGGAAUAUCCAAACGUGAAGCUGACAGCAUUGAGGUGUAUGUGUGUCCCAACUGUCAGAAGCAAGAAGUGGCAGAUCCUAUAGCACAGAAACCAUUGACAUCCUCAGAAUAUCAGCAGUUACAGAAGUUAUUAAAAGACUUACAGGGGCACAAGAUGUCUUGGCCAUUUUUACAACCUGUUGAUCCAAAAGAAGUUCCUGAUUAUUAUGAUAUUGUUCAUGAACCAAUGGACCUAACAAUUGUUGAAGCAAAACUGAACAGCAAGGCUUACCACAAGUUAAAUGACUUCAUGAAAGAUAUCACCAAGAUCUUUGACAACUGCAGGCUCUACAAUCCAGUGGAUACUGCCUACUUCCAGUGUGCGGAAGUUGUAGAGACCUACUUUGCCCAGAAAGUAAAAGCCUUGCGCAGCGCACACAAGUUGUGAUUUGUGUUCAGACAGUAACUAGUUCCAACUUUUUGUUUCUUCCAUGUGAGUGAAGUAAUGGCAGCAAGAGUUGACCUAUUUCUGUGUGUACUGAUACAUUUCAUAAACAAAAUAUGAAUAUAUGGGGGGUGGGGGUGGGGGGAAAGGAAUAGAGCAAAAUGUCAACAUCCAUGAGUGGAGUGUUAGAUAUGUGAAUAAUUGACCAUUAAACUUAAUUGGAAUAUUGUACUUGAAUGUCAAUGUAAUCAAUAUUUUAUAUUAUGGUUGAGGUCAAUGUGUUUUUAAUUUGAAAUGAUGUACAGGUGUACAUAGUGGUUGUCUCAUUGAUGUCAGCCUGUAUGAAUGACUUUUAUGUACAGGUUACUUUCAUCAAUCAUAACAUUGUCAUACUUAAUCACAGAAUGAAUGCUCAUAAUGUUUGUCAUAAUGUUUAGCUUGGCACACUCAGGGACAAUGUGUGAAAUAGUCUUGAUUGUUGUAGCCUUCAAUCAGUAGUCAAGAUUCUGUAUUUAUUGUAGGGAACUGGUAGAGCUGUUGAUGCACUGAGAAAUGAAUUAGCUACAGGGUUGGGGAACAACAGUUGGGAGGGGUGCAUUCAGAGAGAAAAUAAAUAGAUGUAGCAGCAUUGUUUUUGUGGGAUCUCUGUUGAGUCAUGUGUGCCUAGAGAAGUGGGAUCUAGGUGAGGAAUUAAGUUUGGUGUAUAGCUAUCCCUGUCUCUCGUGUUCUUUUAGUUGACUUAUCCAAUGCAAUAGGUGUGUGACUGAGGGGGCAGCAGUUUGUCUGAGAGCAAUAACAUGUCCAUCUGUAGUCCUACCUUUUUUUGUUUUUCAUAAGAACUAUUGGAAACAUCAUACCCUGGUUCAUUGGGGAUCAUUUCACUUAGCCACAUGCUACUUGCAAUAUUACACAUUCUCAUCAACCUACUUAUUCCACAUUGUAUCAUGCACCUUUAUUCUGAUACAAUACUUGACUUCAGUUUCUUGCCUUAUGCAAUGUUGUGUGUAUAGAACAUGAUUCUAUGUCUUUAUAAUGGACCUUAAUAUCUUGAACCAGAUGUUUUCUUGCAAAUUGAUUCAUUUGUUACAAUUUCUUGUAGACUGUGUGUGUACCAUGAGACCAAGUGAGUAGAACUGUUCCUGAAUGAUAACUAUAUAUAUAUAUACUAUUUAUUUCAUUCUAUAUUGGACUAAUCAAAUGAUAUAUAUAGUAUAGUGAAUGAGUUGAAGGCAUUAAAUAAAAACAAAUAAUUUUUAAAACAAAACUUGUCACAAUUGUAGGAUUAGCCUAUAGGAACUUAUAUAGCAUUGCAGUUUAUCUUUUUUUUUUCACUAGAUUUAUUGAUGAUGAUUGUAAAAGUUAUAAUAUGGUGAACUGGUUUGAUUGUGUUAGACAUGCCACAUUGGUACUCUACAUAGAUACAUGUUGAAGUGUCCUCACUGUAUAUCACUAGAGAUAUCAAGUAUUUGUACUUUACUUUGUACUCUAACUCUGACAGCUGGCUGUAUAGUAUCAACUAUUUGAUGUCAUUUUAUGUCCUAUUCAAACAUUGUCUUGUUCCAUUCUGAUCUUACCCAAUGUUUGUUUGUAGUGGUACAAUCAAGCCCAUUUUAUAGUUUUGUCCUCAACAUUGUGGUAUUUGUUGACCAGAAGGUUGUGUGUAGCUGAACAAAUAGUGGCCAUCCAUUAAAAUCCUUUAUUUUCUGGUCAGUGAAAUGUUUCACUUCAAUUAUGCAUCUUUGAUGACUAUUGUUGACAUAUUAAACCAAUGCAAUACCAAUGUGUAACUGGUGUGAGUAGCUUGCUAUGCAUUCAUGACAUGUUCAUGUAUUCUUAGAUAUCUGCAAGUUUAGUGUCCUACUAUUUGAAAUGGUAAGAGGACAGUAAGUGAGAAGAUCACAUUCUUUUUGCUAAUGUAUCUCUAGAUGUGAACUCGAGAAUAAUUGUUCCAGACACAGUUCAAUCAUCUGUUGGUUGACUUCUUGACCCUAAAUAUUAGUUUGCUAUUUCUAAUAACAAAAAACCUACCAACAAUCACAGACCAAUGAAAUUAAGGUAAAAUUUUAGAUAUCUAAUGAAUUGGGUCGCCAAGAGUUCUCAGUACUUUUAGAAACUGUGUAUGCAUGUCACUGUGUCUCUUCUAGUAGCAAUGUGUUGACAUUAUGUAGUGAACUAGGGAAUGGAAGUGUCUAUUGUCCAAACUCAUCCUAUGUAAAUAUAUAUAUUUUUUGUAGACACA